AUGGCCGGGCGCGGGCAGGGAGGCGGGAGCAGGCGACAGGAGCGUGUAGGCCGCGCCGAGGCCUGCCGGGGCCGGCGUCCCUCUCCUCAGGCGCGCGCCUCCGCUGCCGCCAUGCCGUGCGCGCCGCCAGCUCCCGACCCCUCCGCGGGGGAGGAAGUAGUCCCUCCGCCGAGCGGAAAAGGGAGCGCGCGUGGCCCCGGAUCCCUGCGCGCGGUGAGGCGCCGCCGGCUUUGUGAGGGGGCGGGCGGUGGGGGCGGAGGUCCGGCCGGCGGCUGGCCGAGGGCGGGUCACUGCUGUCCCCUGCGGGAGCCGAGGCCCCGACGCGGAGCCGCCGGGCAGCGGGCCGGCCGCGGUCACCCGCCCCGGGGCCGCCUGGACAGGGACGCUUCACGGCCGGUCAUCGGGGGGCCAGGGUGCGCGCCCUCCGCGAGAGCCGGUCCGCUCGCUGGCGCUGGAGGACGCACGAGGCUCGAAACGGAGGCGCCGCCGCACCCCCGCGCCCGGGGACUGUCCCCCGGGGCGGCCGCCGAGGCUGAGCGGCGAGGAGUGGACGCUGGCCGGGAGAAGGCGUUCGGGAGGCCCCGAGCCCGGCGGUCAGGGGCCGAGGGCGCGGCCCGCAGCUGGCGGCCGAGCGGAGCUCGAGGGAGCGCGGCGGGGAAGGGGACCUGGGCGGGUGGUCAGCGCCGGCAGCCGCCCCUGCGGAGCGGGAAGCCGGCGUCCGGCGGUUGGGGGAGUGUGUGCUUAGGCAUCGCGUGGGGGCCAGGCACGGAUUCCGGGCUCGCACGGGCCCAGCUUAGGCGUCUCACCUGGCCGCCCGGUGCGCCCCGCGGGGAGCCGCACGAGUGCCCCCGGGGCGUGCAGCGCACCUGCACCGUCUCGGCCCGGUGCCCUCGGCGGCGGCGGCGGCGUGCGCACCCCUGGUCCGGGGCCUCCGUUUGCCAGUCGUUAGCUGGGGGACUAUUAAGUCAUUUCCCCUCUAGGUCUUAUCUGUCCUCUGAAGUUUGUGUCUACCUUGUACAGUUGUGAGGGUUAAAGUGUGUUUUCAGCAAACGAUAAGCACCAUGUACUAGCUAGCGCCUAUUUACACCAAACAGCAAAAACGCUUGUAUAGGGAGGGAGGCAGAUGUGCGUAAGGUACCACAUGUUCGGGCAAGUACACGAGUGUUCUCAGCAUCUGUUAGCAAACUCUGCAAGUGGUGGCGAUAACAGACGAAGGAGUGACCGCAGUGUUGCCAUCAGAGGACUUGGUGUCUUUUAGGGAAAACACAUGGAAACGAACAGCGACAAGAUUUGGGCCGUAGGUUGCCUGCGGGAGGGGAGGUGUUAGGGAGUGGCCCAGCAGCAGUGCUUGGGGGGGGGGACCCCAGGCAUAGGAACAACAAAGAGGAGUCAGGAAUUUCAUUUCAAGAUGAAGGAACUCAGGGAGGGUGACUCUGGGCUGAGUAAGAGCAGCGAGACGUUGGAAUUGGGAGGAAUUAAAGGGCUCUUAGCUAGCAAGGAUCUAUUUUCCAUUUUAGGAUGGAUUUCAGAAAGGAUUAAGACCAAGGAGCAGAAAAACCGCUUUAUAGAACCUUGCAUACAAAAGAAAUGAAGGUGCAUUCGUUCAAUAGUUAAAAGGGUGGAGAGGAAGAGACCAGAAAUGCAUAGGACUUCAGCAACAUAAACAGGCAAAAUAAGAACCACAGAAGUCUCGGGCUUGGGGCUUAGUGGGGCAGGGUUCCGCCCUCAGCUGAGCUGGGGCUGAAUGGCUGUGGCUAAACUGUUGCAUGGGUAACUGCAGGAGUUGAAGUUACAGCCUGCUCUUGCAGGACAGUGAUCUGAAGCUAUGAGACAGCGGAGUUAGCAAAUGACGGGGGAGAAAUGAAGCUUUGCAACAUUGACCAGAGAGUGUGUAUUUCAUUUGUAACCAAUACCACAAAGUAAAGGCCCCCAAAAGAUAUUACAAGAGUUUGUAUCCCAGACAGUGGCCAUUGUCUGAAACUAUAAGGUGGAGCGAGCAGCAUGGUAAGUGUUGCAACAGACCAGAAGCAUGACCUGAAUCUUUCUUUCCCUGGUACAUCCAUCAGAAAUACUCCUCCUAGAUUUUAUUUUUUAAAAAACAAUUAGCAAUUGGGUAUUUUUUAAAGAUUUAUUUAUUUGAAAGGCAGAGUUACAGAAAGAGAGCUUCCAUCCACUGGUUCACUUCCCAACUGGCAGCAACAGCUGGGCCUGUCUGAAGCCAGGAGCCAGGAGCUUCCUCCAGGUCUCCCACAUGGGUGCGGGAGGAGCCCAAGUGCUUGGUCCAUCCUCCACUGCCUUCCCAGGCCAUUGGCAGGGAGCUGGGUGCGAAGGGGAGCAACCGGCAUCCAUAUGGUAGAUGGUGUGCUGGCUCUGCAGACAGCAGCUUUACCCACUACCCAACAGUGCUGGCCCCUCCUAGAUUUUAAAUAGAGACAAGAAGCAGAAUGUCUUCCCCGUUCCUUUCCUAGAUGUGAGUCAUACCGACCAGGGGGAAGGAGAAGGGAAUAUACUGUGUAUCUGCCACUUAAUACCCAACGUGCCUCAGGAGUGGUCUCCAGAGGAGGCCUCCGUCUCCCCCAGCCUCCACACCACAACCUCACGCCAGCCUGGGCCUCGCCCUCCAAGCCCUGAUUUCUCCGGGUCUCGUUGAUCCCAAAGAUGAAGAGACAAGUGAAAUUGGUCUUGCCUUGCAUUUGCACAGGUGAGUCUUUGGAACAGUGGUGAGGGAGGGGAAAUCCCAUCAGGGCCCAAAGGGAGUCCUGAAGAGGGAAAGAUAAGAAUGGAGAGAAACUCCAAGUGGAGAGGUUGGGGAAGAAAGGAGAGUUCCCAGGUGCCCGGUUCACCCCCUGGCCGGUGCUCUCUCAUGACUGAUUUAGGCAACAGGUGAAGUAGAGCUGGGAACCUGAGCCGGGGACAGCCACAUCCCGGUGGUGAUGUUUGCCACGCAGUUGCAGAAGUACCGUCCCCCGUGGACAAGCCGGAGGAAGCUUCCCGGUAUCUCUCACUAAGGAGCAAGUCUGGCCGAGAACAGGGUAAAGACGCCCACUGUCUGACGCGAAACCGUCUUAAUAUUUUUAUAGAUGAAAGCCCCCAAAUGUUUAAGGUAAGACUAUCGAGAUGAGGUGAGGUGAUUUUUGGGCUUCAAAAUCGAAAGUCUCAUGGCUGUUCUUUUUUUUUUUUUUUUUUUUUUGACAGAGUGGACAGUGAGAGAGAGAGACAGAGAGAAAGGUCUUCCUUUGCCGUUGGUUCACCCUCCAAUGGCUGCCGCGGCUGGCGUACCACGCUGAUCCGAAGGCAGGAGCCAGGUACUUAUCCUGGUCUCCCAUGGGGUGCAGGGCCCAAGCACUUGGGCCAUCCUCCACUGCACUCCCUGGCCACAGCAGAGAGCUGGCCUGGAAGAGGGGCAACCGGGACAGAAUCCGGCGCCCCAACCAGGACUAGAACCCGGUGUGCCGGCACCGCAAGGCAGAGGAUUAGCCUAGUGAGCCGUGGCGCCGGCCUUUUUUUUUUUUUUUUUUAAUUUUUAUUUUUUCAGGUAGAGUUAUAGACAGAAAGAGAGAGAGACAGAGAGAAAGGUCUUCCUUCUGCUGGUUCACUCCCCAAAUGGCCACUAUGGCAGGCACUGCGCCAAUCAGGAGCCAGGUGCUUCCUCCUGGUCUCCCAUGGGGUGCAGGGCCCAAGGACCUGGGCCAUCCUCCACUGCCUUCCCGGGCCACAGCAGAGAGCUGGACUGGAAGAUGAGCAGCCGGGACUAGAACCGGCGCCCAUAUGGGAUGCCAGCGCCCAUAAGGGAUGCCAGCGCCACAGGCAGAGGAUUAACCAAGUGAGCCAUGGCGCCCACCCCUCUCAUGUCUAUUCUUAGCCAGCAACCAGCUCCCUGAGUUCUCGAAGGAAAGUACAUAUAUGAAAGGCUUCAGCUGAGUGCAAGGGAUACUUGACUGACUGUGGCCCGAGUGCUGUUUGUUUAGGCCAGGCAUUCUCCAGAGACUAGGGCCAAAGCCACCCAGCUGUGGUGAAGCCGAGUGGAGCCCAGGGUCCCAGCAGCCGGGGUGUGCACCCACGCCUCGGCGAGGCCAUGCCCACCACGGCAGGUGCUUCCGGGGUCGUGCUCUCCUGCAGACCAUGGCGGUUCUUUCUGGCAGAAGAUUUAACGAAGCCCUCGUGCCACAGGGCACCAUGGCUUUGCAUUCGCCUAGCUAUGCGCUGGUUUGUCCCGAGGCCUUCAUGAUGGCUGAGGUCAGCAAUUUGAGCAGUCAGUGUAUUCAUGUCAAGCAAAGAUGACAAAAAAUUCAUGCAACUCACAGCUAUCUUGAGAAUUGUCACAGAAUGGAUGUGCUCAUUAUAAUUUUUUGAGCAGAUUAAUUUUCAUAACAACUAAAGGGUAAGAUUUCCUCCAAGACAGGCUUUGCCAGAACCUAAGCCCUGGAAGGUUGCACAGCCCACAGAACUAAACUGCAUAUGCAGUCUCAGCAGAAAGCGAGGUCUAACAGGAGAGCGUGUUCUCCACCGUCGAUCAGCAGUUCAGAAACUCAAGUGCACGUGGAAAAUAUAGAAACUGUAGAGAUUUACUCUCAACCAGGCCCUGGUCCCACUUGGCUGAUGCUAAUUAACUCUUUGAAAUGACCAAAAAGUCCUUCAGCUGUCUCCUUUCUCUUUUUUU